AUGAAGCGCUGGCUCGGGUCAGUAUAUAAAGGGAGGAUCUUCUCUCUUCUACAACUUAGUCCUACCAUGGCUUUUAAGGUUGCUGCCCUUCUCGCUGUCAUCGCCGCCGCACAGGCCCAGGUCAUCAGGCCUGCCGUUGCACCUGCACCACUGGCGUACGCAAAUGCACCAUACGCUUACGGUGCUGCUCCAUAUGCCUAUGGUGCCUCACCGUACGGCUAUGCUGCCACCGCACCAUUAGCUGUAGCUCGUGCACCAUUGGCUGUAGCUCGUGCACCAUUGGCUGUUGCUCGCACACCGUUGGCUGUCGCACGCACACCCUACGCCGCUGCUGCCGAUCCCUACUACGACCCAAACCCAAGCUACGACUACAGCUACUCCGUAAACGACCCCGUCACCGGCGACUCCAAGACCCAGUCCGAAUCCAGGCAAGGUGAUGUCGUCCAGGGCAGCUAUUCCCUCUUGGAAGCUGAUGGAACUAGGAGAGUGGUCGAUUACACCGCUGACCCAGUGAAUGGAUUCAACGCCGCAGUCCGCAAGGAGGGUGCUGUUGCUCCAUCAGCUGUUCCAGUUGCUGCCCCAGUCCCAGUUGCUGCUCCAGCUCCAGUCGCCAUUGCCGCUCGUGCUUACUCUCCUUUUGCUGCUAGGUCGUACGCUGCCCCAGCAGUCGUUGGUAGCUCUUUCACUUCACCGUAUUCUUCAUAUGCCUACUAA